CCCUCCUCCCAGACCCGGGUGAGGCUGCUGCGGACUGCCCUUUCCCAAGAUGGCAUCGAAGAUAGGUUCGAGACGAUGGAUGCUGCAGCUGAUCAUGCAGUUGGGUUCGGUGCUGCUUACACGCUGCCCCUUUUGGGGCUGCUUUAGUCAGCUCAUGCUGUACGCUGAAAGGGCCGAGGCGCGCCGGAAGCCCGACAUCCCAGUGCCCUACCUGUACUUCGACAUGGGGGCAGCCGUGCUGUGUGCUAGCUUCAUGUCCUUCGGAGUGAAGCGGCGCUGGUUCGCGCUGGGGGCAGCACUCCAGCUGGCUAUUAGCACCUACGCCGCCUACAUCGGAGGCUACGUCCACUACGGGGACUGGCUGAAGGUUCGUAUGUACUCACGUACAGUUGCCAUUAUCGGUGGCUUUCUGGUGCUAGCCAGCGGUGCUGGGGAGCUAUACCGUCGGAAACCCCGCAGCCGCUCUCUUCAGUCUACCGGCCAGGUGUUCCUGGGCAUCUACCUCAUCUGCGUGGCCUACUCACUGCAGCACAGCAAGGAAGACCGACUGGCAUAUCUGAACUAUCUCCCAAGAGGGGAGCUGAUGAUCCAGCUGUUCUUCGUACUGUACGGCAUCCUGGCCCUGGCCUUCUUGUCAGGUUACUAYGUGACUCUGGCUGCUCAGAUCCUGGCUGUCCUGCUGCCCCCAGUCAUGCUGCUCAUUGAUGGCAACAUUGCCAACUGGCACAACAUGUGAUG